CAGAAAGCUGUGUUUUCACAUUCUUCAGCUGUGGAAACAAAAAGCGGCAUAAAAGUUGUAUUCUAAAGCUAACCAUCAAUGUUAUUCCUUUUCUGCGGAAACUGCAAUACAGUGUGAGGCAAAAUAUAAAGCCUUUAGCAGAAUGCAAUUAGUUCUGGUACUUGUGUUCCUCGCGGCUCCUUGUCUGUCACGUAAACCCAGUCCUGAAGAGAACCUUGGAGCCAACAACCCAAACUUAUAUGAAGGUGACAUGUUACUGACGCCAAAACAGAGAGCUGCAGCGGAGGCAGGCCAGGACGUGGAUCAAGUCGUCAGCCGGGGUUCAGCUAGAAGGGGUCGGUGGCGUGACGGAGUGUUUGUUUAUUCUAUCACCAACAGCUUGAGACGAUAUUCCCGCGCCAUGGACGCGAUACGUAAAGGGAUCAACAUGUGGGCCUCAACAACAUGCAUCAAGUUCAGAGAAAGAAGACAGAAUGAGAGAAGUUACGCUUAUUUCCAAAUGGGGCAAGGGUGUUCUUCAUGGAUUGGACAAACUGGAAAUCCUCAGAACAUAAAUUUGGCCGGUGGUUGUUGGACUCCAGGGAUUGUAGCACAUGAGAUUGGUCACGCUCUCGGGUUGUACCAUGAGCAGUCAAGACCAGACAGGGAUGAUUAUGUCGUCAUUUACAGACAGAACGUUAUACCCAAUCAAUUGUUCAACUUCAAUAAAUAUCCCAGGUCAACAAUUGACUCGCUGGGUACACCAUAUGACUAUGACAGCAUCAUGCACUAUGCGCCCAAAGAAUUCAGCCGCAACAACAGAUAUACAAUCCAGCCAAGAAGGCAAGGGGUCAGAAUCGGUAACCGAAGCUAUUUGAGUAAGAUAGAUAUUAAACAAGUAAAUAUGAUGUACAGAUGUAAUGGAGGAGGGGGCGGGAAUCCGGCCCCACCCCCACCAGGAAACUGCGAGGAUACUGGCCGUUACUGCGAUUACCAUGUUCCUAAAGGCGAUUGCAAGACAAUGGAAAUUGUCAGAGAAAAAUGCAGGAAAAGCUGUCGACUUUGCUAGCUUGUGAAAACGAUUCCCGAAACCGCUGACAUUGCUCAAGCGUGCAUCUUAAAAAUAAAAGUCAACAUAGAAAAAUGAAAAGUAUUGUAUUGUCUUUAUCUUAAAAUCUUCCAUUUCCAGUUUUUUGAUUUCUCAAAGUUGUACCGGCCUCUAGGUAGUGCGGAGAAGAAAUCAUACAGUCCUGUAUGGUUCUAUUCCACCCCAAUCUCUUUUAAUCUGACCACGGUGUGUUUUCCGGUCUUGACGUUUCACUCUAUAGCAAAACUUGGACAAUAAAUCUCCCCCCGUCAAAUUCAGUAAAGUUAUGGGACAUUUUUGAUCUGGUAUAGGUAUGAAUUUUUUUAACAUGCUAGUUUUUGGCUCACUGCUCAUGAACGUACGUGAAAUUAUUUUUCAGCAGUGAUUUCGUGCAUGAAUUUUUUUGGUACAAGUAUACAUGCAGGAUACUUAAUUGUCAAAAUCACCCCCUUCACCCUGAAUAAGUCAAAUGGGCCACCUUUACUGUUGAACAAUGAAAGGGCAAUUACACCAAUUUGGCACAACACCGAAACAACAGAUCACGACAUUUACCCAGGCUACACUGAAA